GAAUAACACUUGAUUCAUUGCACUCAAUUGAAAAGAACAGUGUUUUUACUUCCCAAUGGCGUUCAGUGAAGUGGAUGGAUAUCAAGCGGUACAGUACUGUUUUCCUCUCCACAACUCGUCUUGCGUUAAGGAGGAGCGAUCCAUAGCAGAAAAUAUAUUCCUGCACCUUUUUUUUUUCUCUGUGUCAUCAUUCACAGUGUUUGUGAAUCUGCUGGUGAUCAUCUCCAUCUCUCACUUCAAGCAGCUCCACACUCCAACCAACCUGCUCAUCCUCUCUCUGGCUAUGUCAGAUCUCCUGGUUGGGAUUGUUGUGAUUCCAGUGGAGGGCAUCAAAGUCAUCGAGUCAUGCUGGUAUCUUGGUGAAACAAUGUGUUCAGUUUUUCAUGGGAUUGUUUUCUCUGUCAUUUUUGCAUCUCUAUACAAUUUAGUCAUCAUAGCUGUUGACAGAUAUGUUGCUGUUUGUGAUCCUUUACUCUACAUUUCAAAAAUAACUAUUGGAAAAACAUUGGCUUCUAUAUUCCUAACCUGGAUAUUUUCUUUUAUAUAUAAUCUUGUUAUUCUAUACUGUAAUGGUCAAUGGUAUCGUUCUCAGGCACACAAGAACUGCCAUGGAGAAUGUGUGUUGAUUAUCAGUUUUACAUGGGGAAUUAUUGACCUUUUUGUCUCCUUUGUUGCACCUUGUUCUAUUAUUAUAUGCUUAUACAUGAACAUUUUCAAAGUGGCAAGAAUUCAAGUAAAAGUGAUGAAUAUCACAACUAGGAUCAAGAUGUCAGAGAGUAAGGCAACCAAAACACUGGGGGUUGUGUUAUCGGUUUUCCUCGUCGGUUGGAUCACAUAUUACAUUGGUUCACUUUCUGAGGACUACCUGGCACAUUCAGAUGUCAUCAUAGCAUUUCUCUCCUGGGUUGUAUACAUUCAUUCAUUCCUUAACCCUCUGAUCUAUGCAUUGUUUUACCCAUGGUUCAAAACAGCAGUAAGACACAUCUUAACCUUACAUAUCCUGGCACCCUCAUCCUCCUUAACAAAUCUCUUUCCAGAAAAUUGUUAGAUUGUAUUUUUUUUAAAUGAGUGGCCUUGUAGGUACACACUGUAUAACAUGUUGUGCUAUAGAAAGUGAUGUAAUAUAUAUGUUAUUGCUUAUUGCUGUAUGUUUGUAUUGAUGACUUGGGGCCCAAUUCAAUCGAUUGUUAUACAGUAAAAGAAAUCAGCACUGCAGGUUUACUAAGAAUGUUGACAUUGUAUCCUAAGGACAGCUGUUGUUCUGUGUCAUUAAAAAUGACAACAGGAACAACUCAAGUGUGUGUUGGUUUUAGCGUGGUUAACAGCUCCAAUACAACAUUCUGAAUGAAUCAACAGUGUAAUUUUCCCUCAGCAAUUUGGACAAAAAGUUUUAAUGCAAGGAUAUCAUUAUUAUGUAGAGAAAGAGAUGGCUUUAAAAUACGAGCCAUGUAAUAACAGACACACAGCACCGUGGUGCCAUUCAUUCAGUAGAGUCAGACAGAUUUCUAGACAGAGAAAAGUGUAAUCAGAAUGACAAAACGCAAAGUGAACUCUCACAGACAGAUAUGUAUUGCUUUUGUUGGUUACAUACGUGUAGAUGAUCAAAAUGAAGCUGUACUGUAUGCUAGCUAUUGAUAAUUGAGUUAGUAUAAGUGCCACUUAGCUGUUUGACUUUGAAUUUUCUUUUAUAUUGUGUUAAAUUAUAGAAACCAAACCUAAAGGUAUUUUCCCGUAAUUUACUUGACCAAACUGGAUUAAAAUAAGGGUCUUCCAAGUGGCGCAGUGGUCAAAGACUGUAUCUCAGUGCUAGGGACAUCACUACAGACAACCUGGUUCAAAUCCAGACUGUAUCACAACCGGCUGUGAUUGGGAGUACCAUAGGGCGGUGCACAAUUGGCCCAGCGUCGUCCUGGUUUGGCCGGUGUAGGCCGUCAUUAUAAAUAAGAAUUUAUUCUUAACUGACUUGCCUAAUUAAGUAAAGGUUACAUUUUUUAAAAUUCUAAUAAUCAAAAUUGUGAUGUAUGCAGGAUGUAUCAUGAUGCAUGAUGAAUUUGACAAGCUACCAAAUUACUAACAGGGAAGUAAACGUUUGAUUAUGGCCUUGCAUGGCAUACAUAUCACUGAUAGGUGCAUCCAGUCAAGUAACAUACUGCAACAGUGCCAUCCUAUGGGCAACACAAUGUACUACACUCCUAAAUAUAAAUGACAAGACAUGGACAGCAUCUUAUUUCCUGCAACUCUUACGUGUACCCAUCUCAUUGUUAUUACAUUUUUAGAGAUUGUUUUUGGUGGGUGCAAAAACAAUGGUUAUGUGAGGUUAAAUGUGUAUGUUUUGGGAU